CACCUGGCCCGGGGAGUUAAACAUGUCCCUCGCGAAGAGACUGUAAAAGUAGAUCAUUUCAAAAACUUGUGAGAAGAGAUAUAACAGUGACGGGAGAAAGACGCCAGCAGCUUUACGCACACACUCCCUCUGUCUCUCUCCCGCCUCCUCCUCCUUCUCUUGCCCGCCUUGUCAGUCCGCUCUGUGGCAGCUCUGGCAUUGCAUCGCUCCAAACGGGACACACAGUAGCAGGCAGCAGCGUGAGUCCGCACGUCACUAAGAGCCGGGUUGGUACAGGCGCGCUCGGUCAGUACAACAGUAGACACCAGCAGCAGAUACAUGUGCCUCUACGGCUGCUGCAGUUAUAAAGCGGGCUCUACUCUUGGUGUAAGAAGAAGAGAGGAAGAAGGUGGAAGGGUUUUCGUGCUCUUGUGCCCAUGACAAGCGGCUGUUGAUCUGGGACUCUUCGCAUUUGCACUUGUCUCGCUAAAACAAAAAGACUCGUGAUGGAUUCCUACAUCGUGGCAUUGUUUUUGGCACUGUCCUCUCUUACAACAGCGGUCCUCGGGGAGAAAGGCACCAGCAAAGCGCGGAGUUGUUCGGAUAUCAGACAGUUUUACAGCGGGAAAGGCUUCACGUUGGAGGGAGUGCCACAGACUGAAAUAUCAGGAGAGCACCUGCGGAUCUGUCCCCAGGGAUACACGUGCUGCACCAGUGACAUGGAGGACAACCUGGCCACACUGAGCCGCAGGGAGAUGGAGGGGCUGCUGAAGGAGGCAGGGCGCGCUCUGCACACAUCGCUCGCCGGACAGUACAAGGCGUUUGAUGGUUACUUCCUGGAGUUGCUGAACCAGUCGUCCACCUCGCUACAUGAGAUGAUGAUGUCGACAUGGGGCACGCUGUACUCCCAGAAUGCACCUCUGUUCUCAGACCUGUAUACAGACCUGAGGCACUACUACAGAGGCUCCAACAUCAACCUGGAGGAGGUGCUCAAUGAGUUCUGGGCCCGGCUCAUGGAGAGGGUCUUCCACCAUGCCAACAAGCAGUACAACAUAGGGGAGGACUACCUGGAGUGCGUGUCCAAGCAGAUGGACACGUUACGGCCCUUUGGAGACACUCCCCGUGAGAUGAAGCUCAAAGUCACUCGGACGUUUGUGGCAUCGCGUUCGUUUGUCCAGGGGCUGAUGACCAGUGGAGAGGUGGUGCGCAGGGUGUCACAGGUGCAGCUGAGCCAGGAAUGCAUGCGGGCCAUGAUGAAGAUGACGUACUGCCCCCACUGUCGCGGCAUGGCCUCUGCUCGCCCCUGUGCCAACUAUUGCGCCAACGUCAUGAAGGGUUGCCUCGCCAACCAGGCUGACCUCAACUCCGAGUGGAGGCAUCUGGCAGACACACUAAUACAAGUGGCCAAUCGCUUUGAAGGGCCGACCGGAGUGGAUGUGGUUGUCCUGUCUCUGCCUUUUCGCAUUUCAGAAGCCAUGUACACCAUGAUGGACAAUAUCGAAAACAUUAACAGCAAGUUGUUCCAGAAAUGUGGUGACCUGCGGACAGGGGGCAGCAGCGGCACAGGAGCAGAGGAGGAGGUGAAGAGAGCCAGGAUCACCGUGGAGGACAGCCUGGGCCCCAGCUCCAGCACACUCAGUGUCUUGGUGUCAGAUGUGAUAGUGAGGCUGAGGAACAUGCAGCCGUACUGGGUGACUCUGCCCACUGUCCUGUGCAGUGACCGUAUCGCCACGGGAACAGGAGCAGAGGAUAAGUGCUGGAACGGCAUGAGCCGAGCCAGAUACCUUCCUGAAGUGAUGGGCGACGGCCUGGCCAGCCAAAUCAACAACCCCGAGGUGGAGAUGGACAUCACCAAACCAGACAUGGUUAUCCGGCAGCAGAUCAUGCAGCUCAAGAUCAUGACGCACAGGCUCAAGAAUGCCCUUAACGGGAAUGACGUGGACUUCCAGGACACCAGUGACGAUGGCAGCGGAUCGGGGAGCGGCAUGUGCGCCGACGAGCUGUGUUCCCGGGGUCCGCGCCGAGACACGCCCAUCGCCACCCAGCCCAAGCACUACCCCAACCCCCCAGAGGACGGACGGGCUGUGAAGGCCUCAGCCCACUGUACCCUUCCCUCUCUGUCCCCCGUCCUCCUCCUCGCACUGCUCACAAUGCUACUGCUGCGGCGAUAAUGGACUGGAAAGCGCUCCGAACUGGGACUAAGUACGGAACACGGGCGCGGGAGGGGGAGGAGUCUGAGAGGGGGAAGGGGAGGAGUCUGAGAGGAAGGAGGAGGAGUCUGAGAGGAAGGGGGAGGAGUCUGAGAGGGGAGGGAGGAGGAGAUGCCAAAAAACGGAACAAGAAGAAAAGAACUGCUUCAAGGAUAAAAUGGAUGAACUUGGAAGAAAUAGAAUUCUUCAGACUUUCUCUUGCUUUGAUUUAUUUUUUUUCCAUUAGAGCUGGUCUUUUUCACAUUGUAUACCAUUUACCGGUGUUUGGGCUCUUUCAGAAUAUAUUUGUACUAAAAGAUUGUAACGUGUUUCUGACGGUACGUUGGUGUUGACGCCAUGAGAAAAGAACAAUUUGAAAAGAUGCAACCGCCUUUGUAUCGGCCACUCCUUUAUAACAGCACUUUCAGUAAAUCAAGCCAUCUGACAUUUCUGACAAACUGCAAAAGAAGGUUUUAUUUAGGUACAUUUAUUCUACAUAUUUGUUCAUAGAGUUCGAGUUUUGCAAAUAUAACAUUUUAAAGUUACAGUUUCUAAAAUGUGUAGCACAGAUUCAACAAUUUUGUUAUGUAGCACUUUUUUUCAGUAGUAAAUCUUUUCCAACAUUGUUCUGAUAGUUCUGUGAAACAUGCAGGUUACCCAUCUCACCUCACGCUUAGUUUGCGUUGCAUACUUUGGCUCAGAAAAUGGCUCACAUCCAAAUCUCUGGUAUUUUUGCAAAACAUCUUCAGGACACCAUGAUUUAAACUGCAUGCACGGAUGAGAAGAAACUGUUUUGAGUAAACAAAUUUGAUGUUUGUUUUUUUUAUUGAAAUAUAUUGACUUGGGAGUACAGCAGUGUGUGUAUAUGGAGAAAUAUGACUGUAGGAAUUGUAAGUGAGCAUUGUGAAUCUUGUUUGAGUGGCAAAAGAAAUGUACUGGACUGAUUUAAAAUACAGAAAGAAGGAAUGUAUAGUUUUGAAUGGAGGAUCUGCUUUAAUGCAACAGUGAACUGAUAUUAGGGAUAUACAUGAAAACUCUUCAUCAGGAUACUUCAAAUUCACUCUGCAGAUGGUUUGACACAGCUCAUCUCAGCUUGUCAUUUUAAACGUAUGUUGUCAGAACAUUAUUAGAAAACCCUUUUAUUUUCCAAGUGCUUUAGUCGUGUGUUUUUCUCAUCCUUGCUUUGAAACUCGACUUGCCUGUGACUGCCUUUGCCACUUUGUAAAUGUGUGAUCAUUUCUGGGAGAUUCGAAAGUUUGUCGAUGGACUCUGCAAUGGCGACAUUCCAUUUUUUUCCAGUGCGCGGCCCGUGACGUCAUCCGAUGAAAUUUGCACAGCUCCUCCUUCUCUCCUGUCCUGUCCAUGUGUCCCCCCCUCCUUCCCCUGAAUACAAACUGCACUUUUACCAGGUCUGCACAGAGACACCACUGGUCCUGAGCUUCCACAGGCCACUAUGGGCUGCUGUGGAUGCAGACACUGUACAUAAAUGGCACGUGUGGGCCACUUGAGCCACACCUUAAAUGGGAGAAUGCCAAUUCAUGAGGAAAAAGAAAACUUUGAUUAGUUUUUUGGGGUUUUUUUGUUUUUGUUUUAUUGCUUUUAUUUUGUUCAGAAAUCUAUCAAGAGUUUGUGCUUAACAGUGACAAUAGAUGCCAGAAAGGUUCAAAAUACAAAAAUGUCUCAUUUGCUGUUGUACCUGAAUUCUUGUGUCAAUUAUAUACAUUUUAAGAUUU